AUGGAACCAGAGCACUGUGGAAGUUUUGUAUUAAUGUCAAAUGUUUAUGGAGCAGGUGGUAAAUAUGAAGAGGUAUCGGAGGUGAGACAUAUAAUGAGGCAACAAAAUGUGAGGAAGACACCAGGUUGUAGCUGGAUUAAACUCAGUGAUGGUGUGCGUGUUUUUGUUACUGGUGAUAGGACUCAUCCUGGUGACUGCUUUAUUUAUGCUGAAUUAAAUUCCUUGACUGCUAGUCUGCUUGAUCAUGGAUAUCUUCCGUUAGACCCAGAAAUCGAAAGGACUCUCAGAAACUUGAAGAAAGAUUUUGAAGGCCUUCAAAAGGAAAAGAUGGCGGAUGAUCCACCAGCUGCAGAAGCAGUUCGCUGUUUAAAGGAUCACUACGAACCAAGUGCAUAA